AUGAAAAUGAGUAUUUAGCAAUUAAGAGAUAUGGAUGUGAAUAGCAGCCCUCGAGCUUGGAUUAACCAACUUUAAUGCUUCCCUCUCAGCUCAGCAUCUACUCAUGAUACUUCCCCCCCUUCUAUAUAUUCCCCAUUCUUCCCAUCAUAUAUUUGUCAACCACUUAAAUUUAUCUUCUCGAAAUUAAUAUAUAAUUUAAUUGAAGUAGUUUUCCAGAAAUGUUAAAGAUCAGCUGGAGCUCCUACAGCAUGUCCUUGAUAUGGAGAAGACUGAAUGAUGUUUUGUUGAAGCUCAUCAACAAAUUCUCUGUCGCUCUUUUUACUUGUACCUUUGCUUUAGGUGGAGCUGCAGUGGGGGCGAUUGCCGGAGCAAUCAAAGGGCAGACGACGGAAACCGGCCUCUCGCGUGGCUUCGUUGUAGGAGCGGUGGCGGGGGCCGUCACCGCCGUCCAAUUGAUGGACCUUGUCGUAAAUGGACUGCCUUUUCCUAAGGUUGCAUUAAUUCGUAGUCUGAUAAAUGGGAAGGUGUUUAGGGAGUGGGUGAGCCCUGCACUCCUAAAAGCUUACCAGUGGCAGAUGAGCGCUAUAGACACAAGCGAGAGGGAAUUCUCAGACAUCUUUGACAUUCAUACAUUGAAUGGACUAUCUCAAGAUUCUAUUAAAGAAUUACCAAUUCACAACUUCAAUGGUACCACAUCAUAUUCAAACACUAGCUGCUCAAUUUGUUUAGAGGAUUUGAAGAAUGGAGAAGUGGUGAGGUGGCUUCCUAGGUGUAAGCAUAUAUUCCACGUUGAGUGCGUAGAUGAAUGGCUAAUGAGGCAGGGCAGCUGCCCAAUAUGCAGGAAAAAUGUUUCUUCACCACACAUUCAAGAUUCAACCCUCUUCAAAUAUGCAAAUUAGGUGAACAAAAUCUGGUGGCUUCUAGCACUAGUCUCCCCAUUAAAAUAUUCUUAAAAAAUCUUGCUUUUCUUGUUAUGCAACUACUCAAGUAGGCAUGGUAUGUAUCUACUCUGUAAUUUUGUUAUAUAUGUACGCGUGAUGAUUUAUACUCA